CUAAAGAUUUGAUUUCUCCAAAAAAGAUCUGAGCUUUUUUUUGUUUGACAUUUGAUCGAAACGAGAGAUCGGAAGCGAGGCGAAUGGACGAGGUGAUGACAGUGGCGGACGCCGGCGGCGGUAAUAGGGCGUUGUACGGAUCCUCUCACCCGUCGCAGAAUCUGCUCCCUCACAACCUUCCAAUCUUCUCGGCGUUUCUCGCAUUGGCUCUUGCUCAGUUCCUCAAAGUUUUCACUAAUUGGUACAAAGAAAAGAGAUGGGACUCUAAACGUAUGCUCAGUUCUGGUGGUAUGCCUUCCUCUCACUCCGCUACUGUCACUGCCUUGGCUCUUUCCGUUGGCCUUGAAGAAGGUGCUGGAGCACCCGCUUUUGCCAUCGCUCUUGUCUUGGCUUUCGUUGUAAUGUUUGAUGCCUCUGGGGUCAGGCUUCAUGCUGGUCGUCAAGCUGAGCUGCUUAAUCAAAUUGUUUGUGAAUUCCCUCCGGAGCAUCCAUUAUCUACAGUUAAACCCUUACGUGAACUGCUCGGCCACACUCCUAUCCAGGUUGUGGCAGGCGCCAUCUUAGGAUGCGUGGUAGCGUAUCUGAUGAGGAGUACAAGCUAGUUUCUACAUAAGAACGAACCCAAAAUUCUUUUUAAGAUCGUACACCCCUUAAGAAGCUAUAUAUAGAUUCAUCAGCAUCAAUCAAGCUGUGGGGUUAAUUAUAUUGGGAAGUAAAUGGAAAUUGUGAAAACCUGUGUAAUUUAUAGAUCAUUGUUAGAGACAUUUCCUUAAAGUGAAGUGAACUGACUUGUCGUCAUUUUUUGAGAAAUAGUUCGUUGUUUCAAAAGUAUCUUUCUUAUACCA